AUGCACUCCUCAUUUGCCGCCACUCUCCUCGCCGUCUCGGCUAUUUUUUCGAAUGCUUUAGCAGGCCCUCUCUACACUCGUCAAGUUUGCGGGGCAGCCCCCGGAGGGAAUGUCGCCCAGAGUCCUCUUUCUCAGCCCGCUGGCAUUACCACCGCAGCCGACUGCGCCACUCAAUGCAAGGGCAACCCAAGUUGCUUGUCCUUCCUUUUCGGUCUCGUUAAUAGCGUCGACAAAUGCAUGCUCUUUUCCGUUGCAGCCGCUUCCAUUCCUCCCCAGACCAAUAUGGUCGCGUACGAUAUUGGCUGUUCUAGCAUACCAUCCGUCGUUCCUACUGCUGCCAACCCCGGAGCUCAAGGUGGUGCGACUGGUAACAAUAACGGGGGCACAACACAGAACGGAGCUAACAACGGCGGAACCAACAACGGCGGAGCAACUGCAAACCAAGGGACUCACGCCAACCCGAUGAAUGCUAUCCCAGCUGGAAACCCAAAUCCUAUUUCCACUCCUGCAGCGACGAGUUUGGCUGCCUGUCUCGCUGCAUGCCAGGGCAACCCAGCUUGCGUGGCCUACACCUUCACGUCUAACACCUGUAAGCUCUUCUGAGCGGCCCAAGUUUGGUUGACAGAUUGACUUGAGGUGUUCUUAACGAAUGAUUGGCCUUCUUAGUCAUGGCGUGGGGAAACGGGACGGAAAUGACUGUCGUUACGGGUUGGAAAAUGAUGUUUAAAAGAUCUUGGCUAUUUGUUUUGGGGGUGUGUUUGAUCUUUCGCAAUGUAUCUGUCGUUAAAACCACAUAGAAAAAUUAGCAAUUUGAGCUCUCCGUCUUCUUGGCUUGCCCUGUUUUCUUGAAAUUCUCAUAGCACGGAUUUGCCGCGCCGUAGGACAAAGCGGCAA